GGGAGUCCGAGUGUAUAAGACAGCCCCACCCUAAAUUUCUUUCUGUCUGUGUCUGCCACCUGAGGAGAACACAUACAGGACUUCCACAUUAAAGACCAGGUGACAUGGAUCUUUCAGAUGCACUAGGUGGCCCUUGGCCCGGCCAGAACAACCAGCAGCAGUCCGGAGGACCCCUCUGGCCCGGGCAACCAAACCAGCCAGGCCAACCCAGCAACCCCACCUGGCCCGGGCAACCCAGCCAGCCAACAUGGCCCGGACAGCCAAACCAACCAGGCCAGCCCACUUGGCCUGGUCAACCAAACCAACCCAGCCAGCCUACUUGGCCUGGUCAGCCAAACCAACCCAGCCAGCCUACCUGGCCUGGCCAGCCAAACCAACCCAGCCAGCCAACCUGGCCUGCGCAGCCGAAUGCACCUGCCUGGCCAGGCCCAAGUCCUCCCACCGCUCCUCAGGUGUUACCGCAGAGACCACUGACUGUGCCAUAUGACCAGACUUUGCCGAGCGGUGUGUAUGACAAACUGCUCAUCACCAUCACUGGAAAUGUCAAGCCCCAUGCCAAAAGGAUUACAGUAAACCUGGGCAAAGGAAAGGAUAUUGCUUUCCACUUCAACCCAAGAUUCGAUGAGUAUGGGAAGAAAGUGAUUGUGAGGAACUCCUUGAUUGGAAGUCAGUGGGGCAAAGAAGAGAGAGACUGUCCUAGAUUCCCUUUUGUUGCUGGGCAACCUUUUGAGCUGAAGAUCCUCUGCAGCCAUAACGAGUAUAAGGUGGCUGUGAACAAGUCCCAUCUGCUGGAGUUCAGGCACAGAGUCAAGGAGCUCAACAUGAUCAAUAGCCUCAGCAUCUAUGAUGACGUCACCCUCACAUCCGUUAACAUUGAAACUCUGCCCUGAGGAUUAUCCGCAUGAGAAAGGGUUUCUACAACUUAUAUAAUGUGGGGAUAAUGCAAACUAUUCUUUAAAAUCUAAAAUGAGCAAUUUAAGGGUCGUUAUUUACAAUUGUUUGUCCAUUUAUACUAUUUCUAAGUAACCUCAGUCAUCCUUUUGUUGGAUGUCAUGUUUUACAUAUUUUCAUAUACAUUCUACAUCUCAUUUAUGACAAAGUUUCAAAGUUCAUUUAUAGAUAAAUUACAUAAAGACCACAUUAAGACAUAAAGACUGAUGUGCUCCAUUUCAGUACAUGAUUUAGGCCUAGGCUACUCAGUGACAGCAUCAAGUCGUAUGACCCAUCACCACUAGAUGGUGGUGUUAUGACACAGGCAACAGGUUUGACAAGAGUGUUAGUUUCUGCCAUGUUGUGAGUUUUGUGUGAAUAUUCCACCAAAUAUCUGUAAAAUAAUAAACAUAAACACAUUUUGUGGCAUGUUUAUA